CUUGUUCUGUCCCCACUGAACCCUGGUGCCCAGAUGUGGUUGUGGUUCCGGUUGUAGCAGGAGCUGAGCUGGAAGGUGGGGCAGGCACAGGAGGAGGAAGAACAGGCUGAGUUGGGCAGGCAGGCAGCCGAGGGCGGGACCAGAGAGCCUUGAAAGUCCCAGCUCCUUCCCCGGCUCUGCUCACUCUGGCUCCCCUCCAGGCUGAUCGCACCAUGUGCUGCUGGCUGCUGGCUGCCCUGGCCCUCUGGGCUGUGAGCGGUGGGGACUCCCUGCCAGCCUGUAACUAUCCGCCCAGGCUCUUGUGCAGCUCCUGGAAGAUUGCCGUGGCCUGCCAGGUGGAGAAGCUAUGCCCCAAAUUCUACCACCGCCCCCAGGCAGCCAACCCUGUGUCACUGAGCCUGUAUUACGAGAGCCUGUGCCCGGGCUGCCGCGGGUUCCUGGUCACCCAGCUCUUCCCCACGUGGGUGAUGCUCAGUGACAUCAUGAACAUCACGCUGGUGCCAUACGGAAAUGCCCAGGAGAAGAAUGUCAGCGGGAAAUGGCAGUUCACAUGCCAGCAUGGUGAAGCGGAGUGCAGGGGGAACAUGAUCGAGACCUGCCUGAUGUACCAGCUGAACGAUUUCUUUCAGUCUUUCCUUGUGAUCUUCUGCAUGGAAUCGGCGGGCUCUGUGGUCGAGAAUCUUGAAGCUUGCCUGCAGGUCUAUGCCCCAACUGUCCAGCUGGCUGAGAUCAAGUCAUGCGUGACAGGAGAUCUGGGGAACAAGCUGAUGCAUCACAAUGCUGAACUGACCGAUGCCCUCAAGCCACCCCAUAACUAUGUGCCGUGGAUCCUCGUCAAUGGGAAACAUACGGACGCUCUCCAGGCGCGAGCCCAAACUGCUCUGUUCAAGAUGGUUUGUGAGAUGUACACGGGUGAAAAGCCAGAUGCCUGCAAAGACGCGGGGGCUGAGUCCCAGCUCCUCUGAAGACCGAGUCUCUCACCUAACUUAACCCCCAGCCUGGGGCUGCUCCCUGCACUCCAUUGCCUGGCCUUGCCAUUGGGGUGAGCAGCCAGCCACAGCAGCAGGGGAUCUAUUUGUGCCUGGUAUGAUGAUGUCAGCUCUAGGCUCAUGCUCAGUAACUUCUGCUGCAGGUGGGGGCAGUUCAGUUAUGAGCAGGGGGUUGAUGGGAGAACAGGCACACGAUGGUUUGAAUCUGGACAUGGGAAUUCGAAGGGUCUCUUCACGCAAGAUGUCAGCACCAGGAGCUGGGCUGGGGAGAGCCCAGCCUGUAAUCAGGGAGAGCAGCAGCAGGAUGGUUGUUAAAAGAGCAGGUUGUGCUGGAGAGAGGCAGCUGGUCACCCUGACUCCAGUAGGCAGCCUGGCUGAGCAGCUUGGCAGCAUGGGCCUGGAAGGGCUGCCAGAUAUCUAGGCCAGUGUGUUGAAUACACAGGAACUGUCCACAUCAAGGAACUCUCUGACUCACUCAGCCCUGGCCUCUGGCCUCUCCAGAUCUCUGUAGAGAUUAAAUAAGGGAGGCCACAUUCUGGCUCACUCUCCGGGGAGCUGCCCCAUCCCUGGGCUGGAACCUGCACCUCGAACAGCAGACAUUCCAAACCAGGAAUGGGACCCCACACCUGCCCUGCUUUGCCCCGGGCUUGGGCACCAGCAUGACUGGUUGCGGAUCUUGCCUUACGCUGUGCAGCUUGUAGGGUGCUGUGACCAGCGGGGGACAAAGCUUACGCGCAGCAAAUCUUGGGGGAUGCGCUACAUUUGCUUUGCUGAUCUGGUGACUGACACCUGAACCUUUGCCCAUACUGCUCCACCGGCCCCUCCGAACAGUGAUGUCUCCAUGACCUCAGCUCAUUAGCCCUUCCAGGAAAUGGUCCUGUCACUAGGCCCCAUCCUCCCUUCACACAAACAGACCAGGGCCUUGCCCUCCCCAGCCUGUUGCACAUUCCCUUCUAAUUGCUCUAAUUGUAUUGAUGUCACAAAUGCCGAUUCUUGGGCCUCAGGAGAGGAAUGGCCUUCCUGCAAAUGAAUCUAUUGAGUAACUUC